CAGCCCAGAUUGCUGUUCUCUUUCUCACACCUCAUCUGAAGUGUAAGCUUCACUUCAUACAGAUGCAGAGGAGACACACCAGCGGUGGACGAUAUGAACUACUUUUUCUGCGCUCUCCUUCUGGCCUGUGUGUGUGUUCACGCCGUUCAGGCCGCUAUCGGUUCCUCAGUGAUAAACUGUGCAAGUGGAAGUAACCAGAACCUGGGAUCUACUACAGAGGGCUAUGAAGGUGUUGUAGAGACCCUGAGUAACAUCAGCCCUGGUGACGACCUGAAGCUGGAGGAUUACCUCUUCCCCUUUGGUACACACUUUCUGGAGCUGGUCCAUGUUCCUGAAGAAACGACCGCCAUCGUCAGAACCAUAAAACCCCUGGAUGCUGACGUUCUAAUAGAGUCUGGUGGAACACUGUACUAUUCACUGACUUGUGGAAACACAGGAUAUAAGAACACUCGAACAAUCCAUGUUACUGACAUCAACGACAACGCGCCGGUUUUUGAACAGAAAAUCUACACGGCUACUGUAUCUGAGACUGAAGCAGUGAAUUUCCAGGUGCUGAAGGUGCAAGCGGUUGAUGCUGACGUUUCACCAGAAAACAGCAAAGUCACUUAUUCCAUACUGCCUCCGGUUCCAGCUGAUUUCGAGGUGAGGAACGAUGGAAUUAUCAGACUACGCCGCCGGCUGAACUACAACGUUGUCAACGUCUACAACUUCACCGUGAAAGCUGCGGAUGUUGCCAAUCAGUUUGACACGGCCACCGUCAUCAUCGAAGUACAAGACUUCGACAACAUGAACCCGUAUUUCGAUCACGCUCUGUACCAGGCAUCUAUCAAUGAGAAUCAGGUCGGAGUCUUUACAACAGUCACUCCAGAGGCUAUAAAAGCUCAGGACGGAGACACGGGAAUCAACCAGCCUGUAGUUUACAGCAUCAAUGCCGUCACUCCAGUUGAAUAUCAGCCCAACUUCGGUAUCGACCAGAACACCGGGGUCAUCUCCGUGACAACGGCGCUGGACAGAGAGGAAAUAGAAAGCCUCACGCUCCACAUACAGGCAGCUCAGCAGGACGACGAGACUAAAACCGCCAACGCUGUUGUGUUCGUCGUGGUUGAGGACUUGAAUGACAACCCACCAGAGUUUGACAAGAGCGAAUACACUGCAGUUAUACCAGAAAAUUCCCCCACAGGGCAGUUUGUCCUUCAGGCCACAGUCACAGACCUGGAUCAGGGAGGAUUUUUGGGAACGCUGAGGCUCGUUCCGGAUACAGUUCCGUUCUCCAUCGGUCCAGAUGGAUCCAUCAGGGUGAAGACGUCCGCCGAGCUGGACAGAGAGACAACCCAAGGCUUUGUUUUUCAGAUUGAGGCGAGUGAGAAAUUGCCCUCCACGUACAGCACGACAGCCAACGUGAACAUCAGCCUCUCGGAUGAGAACGAUAACAGUCCAGUUUUCGGAAGCACCAAGUAUGAGGGCAAAAUUCCCCUGCAUCAGACUGUCGGCAUGGCGGUUGUCAAGGUAGAAGCUACGGAUCUAGACGAGGGACUGAACGGUGAAAUCAGAUACUUCAUCGACUUUGGGAACCAAGAAGGUUAUUUUAGCAUCAAUGAAAACACGGGCGAGAUAUCGUUAAAUAAGACCAUCCCUCUCCUGGAGAACCAGAUCCUGCAGUUUUUGUUGAUCGUAACAGCAAGGGACGGGGGCGUCGUGAGUCGCGCGUCCUCUGUUGCCGUGGACAUUAAUGCGUUCGGAGACUCUCGCCCACAUUUCCUACAGAAAAUAUAUCAAGGGAAAGUCGAGGAAGAGCAAAAGGCGAAGACGGAGAUUGUCAAGGUUACUUUCCUGUCCGCGUCCCCUGUCACCUUAACUGUCGAGACGGAAGCAGAUAAGUUCUCCAUAGACCAGCUGACGGGAAUGCUCAUGACAAAGGUCAAACUAGACUACGAGGUCCAGAAGAACUACACUGUCCUGGUGUCUAUUUCAGAUGGCACUACCCGUGAUGAAGCCUCGGUUCACGUCGAAGUACUGGACAUCAACGACAACAGUCCCGAGUUUGCCUCUAGCACGAUUCCUGUUAACAUCCAGGAAAAUGCGGCAAUCGGAGCCAAUGUGACCCAAGUAGAAGCCAAGGAUGCAGAUUCAGGGUUAAACGCUGAGAUACAUUACAGUCUGGUGGGUUCUGCAGGGAUGUUCAGCAUCAACCCAGAAACUGGUUUAAUCAUCGUAGCAGCAGCACUGGACAGAGAAACCCAGGACAAGUACAACCUCAUCGUGGUCGCACAAGAUCAAGGUCGGCCACCUUUAUCAGCAACAGCGUCCGUGGUGGUCACGUUAGCUGACGUCAAUGAUAACCCCCCAACAUUUUCCACACAGCGCUACGAGGCUAGUGUCUUAGAGAAUGCCACUGUUGGAGCAAAUGUGAUCGUUGUCAAUGCCACCGACAAAGACAUCGGUCCUAACGGUGUUGUGACCUAUCACAUCGCCAAACAGGAACCACCUUCUUCACCCGCAGCCUUUUCCAUAGACACCGAGUCCGGGAUAAUAAGUGUAGCCGUACAGCUGGACUACAGCAAGGCGAAGAAAUACACCCUGCAGGUAGAGGGGAGGGAUGGAGGCACUCCGGCUCUUUCAGGCACCGCAGUGGUGGUUGUAUCGGUGGAAGAUGUGAAUGAUAAACCUCCAAAGUUUAGCAAGGAUCAAUACGAUGUGGCUGUCUAUGAGAAUCUAGCUCCUGGAUCUGCAGUGGUGUCACUGGAGGUGACGGAUGACAAUGAGGGUGGAUUCUCCAAUGGGCACUUCCUUUUGACCAGUGAUGUUUUCAGUAUUAACAAGGAAGGUGUGGUCUUCCUGCUGAGCAAUUCCAGCCUCGACAGAGAGACAAGAGACAACUAUAUCAUAGAGGUGGUGGCCGUAGAUCAGCCCAUCAAUGGCUUAAGUGCAACGGCCCAGAUCAACAUAACGGUCCUGGAUGUCAAUGACAACAACCCACAAUAUGCUGUUUUCCCAAAUCCUUUAAUGAUUCCUGAAGACAAAACAGGCAAAGUGACUCAAAUCCGAGUCACCGACCGUGAUAUCGGCCCAAACGGCGAGGUCUCCUUGACCACAUACUCCUAUAACGAAGUCUUUGGAUUUGAAGCGGAUGGGACUCUGAUGGUGACUGGGACAUUAGAUCGAGAGAAACAAGAGGUUUAUGAUUUGAUCCUUGUCGCUAGUGAUCACGGCGUGCCACCAAGACACAACAUUACCACGCUGACUAUUAUUGUGACCGAUGUUAAUGACAACGCUCCGGUAUUCAGUCAGCCUUCCUACUCAACAAGAGUCUUGGCUAAAGAUGUUAAAAAAGGAGACGUGGUGUUAACCGUUUGGGCUACAGAUCAAGACACCGGGAACAACUCUCUUAUCACAUACAGGUUCUCUGAGGAAUCCGACAUGGUGGAUUUGAAUCCUGAGACAGGAGCCAUCACCUGGACUCAUGACCAUUCUAACAUCACCGAAGACAUGGACAUAAAGCUUAUCGCUAUAGCAACGGACCAUGGAACGCCACCUCUAAACGAUACAGCAACGGUCACGAUCGAGGUGAGAACCAUCCUGCCGACGGAAGGCAUCGAAUUUAUGAACUCCACCUACUACUUCUCAGUAAAGGAGAACGAACCGAAGGAAACAAUCGUGGGUGAAGUCAAAGUGCUAACAGGAAGCCAUCUGACUGAGGUCACUUAUAGUCUGAUAUCAUACACAGACCUGUUCGCUGUGGACAAAACCGGAGCUAUCAAAACAUUAAAGUCACUGGAUAAAGAAGAAAAGGAAACGUACGUGGUUAACGUGGAAGCCUCUGACUCCAGUACUCCUCAGAACACGGCUAAGACCACGGUGGUGAUUCAGGUAGAAGAUGUGAACGAGGCACCGACUUUUGAACGUGAAAUGUAUAUGGCAGAAAUCUUCAGCAUGGCUCCGUUUAGAUAUCCAGUAGUGACAGUGAAGGCAUCGGACCCAGACAUCUGGGACACCGAGGAGCUCCGUUACUCCCUGCAGGAGUCCAGUUCACUGCUGGGAAUUGACAGCAUCUCUGGUCAGGUCUACGUGCUGGAUUUAACAGGAAUGGGUGGCAAGACGGUAACCUCUCACGUUAAAGCCACAGAUAAACACGGACUCUCUGCAAGCGUUGAAAUCCAGAUAUUCGUGAAAGACAGCACCAGCGAGAACGUUGUGGUGAUCACACUGAACCAGCCGGUCCACACCGUCGAGAUGAAGAUUACAGAGACGCAGAGGUCUCUGGAGAAGGUGCUUGGGUGGAGCGUGCAAAUCAUCAGCGUACGAGGCGAGCACGGAAACCAGAUCGGUUCACGUGUAAUGAAGAUAAAUGCAAAGACAUACGUCAGUUUCAUCGCCGUGGACACGGACGGCGUGACCGUCAGCGCCAAAAAAGUCCACGAGAAGCUAAAGAGCGAAAGCGAAAGCGUGAAAGUUGAACUGGAGAAAGUGUUCGGUCCGGAUGUGGAACUAGAAGGACUGGAGAAAGAACCUGUGGACCAGGAGAACUCGAGCGAUACAGCCAUUAUUGUCCUGGGUGUGAUGUUGGCACUCAGCCUCAUCUCUCUCAUCACUCUGGUGGUGGUCGGGGUCAUAAAGUUCAAGAAGAUUAAAGACACAGAUUCGGAUGAAGAAAGUUUUGACCUAGGAAAGCCAGAGAGCUGCAGCGUUUUCACUAAUGAAGACUCAUGUAAUGCUAAACAGAAGGAUCAAAAAAGCUGGAAUAGUAACAGAAAAACAGCAGAAGCGUCUCAGGAGAGAACCCACGAUGUCCCACCAACGUCAUCUCUUCGCUCUAACAACCACUUAAAUAUCUAAAAUCACACACAACACUGAGUCACUUUAUGUAUACGACAAGAAACUGAAGCAUUUUUCUGUUUCAGGGCCAAAUUUUAGUUUGAACCCCACAUGAGCAGGGAGAGAUUCGCUUGGACUUAAAAAACAAAAACAAAAAAACAAAGCAGAAAUACACUUAUUUAUAUUUCUAAACUCUAAACAGAUUUGUCGGUUGUGUUUUCUAGACUGUAAUACUUUUUUUGUCCAGGUAUUACUGUAGAUUUGCAGUCAUCCUCCUCCAGGGAAUACAGUAGAUGAUCAGAGUAUUAGCAUGGCGCUAAAAUAAUGCUAAAAAAAAACGCUAAUCGAACUAGCGGAUGUUAGUGAAUUACAGUAAAUGUUUUGACUUAAAGCUGAUUUUUUUUUAAUAUAAAAAUGGGAAAGUAAAUAUUCUACUUCAGAUCCAGUACAUUUUAUUUUAUAUAUAUAUAUAUAUAUAAUGUCAAAUUAAUAAAUUAAUUAACCUAAAAAGAAAACGUGUUUGUUUUACUGGUGUGUGUUUUAUAGGCUGGAAAAUGGAUUUUUUUUUAAAUAGUAAAACAAAUUUUACUGAGAAAUGUGUGUGUAGCAUGAAAUAAAAUACAUACAAAAUGAAAGCCCUUUAGAAAUCUC